AUGGCGACCAAACCAGAGCAUAGCCCGUCCGGCGGUACGCCCGGCGCAAAGGGUGACCUGACAAAAAAUGAAGUCAAAGCAAUGUUAUCUGGUGCGCCCCACUUUCUUCUGGAAAGAGGCAAGCAUAAAGGAUGGUAUCCUCAAGUUAUCUUCCCCUGGGAUGAGCAGAAUUCAGUGGUGCAACAUAUGUGGGACCGCAAACCAUUACCACAUGCAUCUUUUACUUUGAGCACACUUCACGCCCAUCUACCAGUCCCAGACGAUUGGGUCGUCAAAGGAGGUGUUCCACUUCAAGCCUACGACUGGCGCCGGACAGGUGCUACUAAUAGAGCAACAUUCGAUAUCGGGAUCUUCGAAGUGCCCAAUAUGCUCUCCAACAACGGAAAGGAGCCUGGCACUGUUGGCUUUAGGCACUUCCUGGAGCUACCGGUCUCUGACGCCGUGCGAUUCACCGGACCCGAAGAGCCCAAGAAACCUGAAUAUAUGCGCCAAAUUUCAACCAUGGGAGCGACGGAAGCGUUUGAGCUGAUGGAAGGCUAUAAUAAACCAUAUUCGCAGUGUCAAAGCGGUGCCGUUCUCGAUCGCCACCGACUAAUCUCCGAUGGUCCUGAAGCCUGGAAACGUAUCGGUGUACGCGAUAUCAAUCUACGAAGCCUCGCACAGAGACUUGAGCACCUGCGUCAGUUCCGGGAGGACAUGCUCCGUGAGGGAUCUACGAGGACCAUAUUGGAUAUUGAAAGCCCGCAUCAGCUACACGAAUCUUUGCAUACACGCUUCCUUCACGCUCACCCACCACCUGCCGAUAUUCUCUCGGGUCAUCCAGACAGUAUCAAGUCGCAAAUCAAGACCUUGGCAAUCGUGUUAGCCACACCAGGCGCGUGGAUCAACUUCAGUCUGCCCGAAUGGCGUUUCCGAGCCGGACAGAUCCUCUGGGAGGCAUCACAGCAUGGAGAUGGAGACUGUCUCACGCCUGGAACGGGAAAUAAGACAGCAUCCUGUGAGAGUCUGGUCAAUUCUGGUCUGGAGCGAAAGUGGCUGUUGAUCCAGCUGCUUCUUUCCGCGGAGCUUCUUCUUCGUUUGGACGCAUUUGUCCGCGUCGGCAUGCUGCAUGAUCCCCACGGCGGAAACAUCAGCAUACAGGAGCUCCGCCAAUUCGAAAAGCUGCGAGACGGCAAGGUGAAUUGGGAUUUGGUUGUUGUGCGUCGUUUCUUGAACAGCCUCGAUAUUUCGUGUCCCUCGCCCGAGCCACCGACACCAGAAAGUCCCGGAUCAAAAUCCCCAGUCGUCAAAUCGCCAGAAAAAGGUCAUCGGUUUGCGUUCCUUGAGGCCCUCACCCGACGGAGUUCAUUCCCCGUCGCGGACCUGCAGUCUGCUUGGGACUGUCAGCUAGGCUCCUCUCACGUACGCCAGCAACUAGAGGGGCUCUAUGUGUUUGCGGAGAACAUUGGAUGGCCAAGGCUUGCGAAACUGAAAGCUGUCAUGGAGCUCAAGCUUGGAGAUUCGACAAACCCUGUUCUCCCGACUUUAGUGGUUGACAGGUGGGUCCAGGAUAGUGUUUCCAAAGACGCCUCACUGGCUAGAGCGGAUAUGUACACACGAGAUCCCUGUCGCCGCCGCGUGAAGCUUGAUGGAUCUAGCGAUUCGCGGUCGAAAACGUUAGGCUGGAUCUCGCGCAGUUGGCUCUCCGGAUUCGUGAUCCCCGGAGAGGGUAUCAGUCAUCUUUUGAUGGCUACAAUCUUGGAAAAUGACACCGAGGCCCUAGAUCAGCUGGGUACAACUGCCAGUCUAUAUGGAGGGUUCACAUUUGGUGAGCGAAGCUUUUGGAGCAAGUCAUGUAUCGUUGGGCGUGUUUUGUCCAGCUCAGCCGGGGCUAGGACAUGCAUGGGGUGGAUUAGCAGCGAGAUGCUCCCUCGUCAUGCGACUACGCUAGAAAAGUUCCAGCCUGGGUGGUUCGAGCUAGCUGUCGAAGAGGUUCGACAGUGUACCAGUAAACCUCGAAUCAAGCAGGGGGCUAAGCUCGCCCUGGAGUCUUCUCCGUUGGGCACGGCCGACAUUACAGCUGCUUCCUUUACACUCCCAAGAGACCCAGAGUCAUGUCCAGCAGAUGAAGUCACGCUUGAAUCUCUGACUCUUUGUGCCAAAGAGGGAUCCACAAAAGGCAUUAUGGUAGCCGAUGAGGCUUCUAUGUCGUUUGCUACCAAAGGCCCCGACGUGGAAAAGCCAACUACAAUAUCCUUCUCCUUGAAGUAUAACGUGCGCUUUGUGUCCGCCCAGCAGUGUCGUCCACCACUGGGUGUCGCCUCUCGUAGCCGGGUCGAUGAGCCAACAUCCACAAACCCGCCCAGGUAUACACGAUUGACCGGCCAUCCUCUGCACCGGUCAUAUCCAUACAAGUAUAUCCCAUUGGAUGCGCUCCCCACUACCUCGGCACCAUCACAAGACUCCGGGGCACCCCAAGCUCCAGAAAUUAUAGUAAUAGACGCGCGCGGCAGCCGAGAUAGAGAGACGUUCGUUCGGGCGUGGUGUGCUUCUGUUGGGUAUCAUGCGAUCAUCGGUCGGAGUGGGCGGACAUGUGUCGCAUGUUGUGUCAGACAAGCGAAGGCAAUUGGAGUACAGGUAAUAGUCCGCGUAAGCGACUGA